AUGGCCCUUUUUCUCUCAAUACAAAUAACACUACUACUAUCUUUUUUCUUCUUUCCUCUAGGAUUGUCAUUCACCGUUAUAAUGUCGGAUUCCGGUGCACCUUCAGCUCUAGUUGAUGCUCCACAAACUGGCUUCUCGAUGAAUAAUAAUCGUGCACGAACCGAUCCUCAUGAGCAAGAAGCCGUUUACGACAUUAUGAGGGCUACGGGGAACGAUUGGGCCACCGAUAUCCUUGAUGUUUGUCGUGGUCGAUGGCAUGGUAUUGAGUGCAUGCCGGAUAAUGACAAUGUGUACCAUGUUGUGUCACUUUCCUUCGGCGCAUUGUCUGAUGACACAGCAUUUCCUACGUGUUACUCGAGUCAUUCGUUCAUUUCACCUUCAGUUAGGAAACUUCCACACCUUCGGACUUUAUUCUUCUAUCGUUGCUUUAGUAACAAUCCUCAGCCCAUUCCAGCAUUUCUAGCCCAAUUAGGGCCCACUUUGCAAACACUAGUUUUAAGGGAAAAUGGGUUCACAGGGCCCAUUCCUAAUGAAUUGGGUAACCUAACUCAUUUGAGAGUUCUAGAUCUUCACAAAAACAAUCUUAACGGUUCAAUACCAAUCUCUCUGGGCCGGAUCACCGGUUUGAGGUCACUAGAUUUGAGUGACAACAAACUAGCCAGUUCAAUUCCGAGUUUGACUUUUGCUCAGUUAAAUAUCAUGGACCUCAACCAAAAUCACCUUACGGGUUCAAUUCCAUCCACACUCAUGAGCUGUCAUUCGCUUAUAAAGCUAGACCUGAGCCGUAAUCGCCUCUCUGGUUCAAUACCUGACUCGAUCCACAACUUAAACAACCUCAUCCUUUUGGAUUUAAGCUACAAUAGUCUAACAAGCCCAUUCCCAAUGUUACUCAAGAAAUUGAAUUCUCUACAAACCUUAGUCCUCAAUGGAAAUCCAAUGGACUCAGCUAAUCUACCGGAUAACGUAUUCGAUGGUUUCAACGACUUAAUGAUUUUAGGAUUAUCAAACAUGAACCUUCAAGGUCCAAUACCAAAUUCUCUAGGCCGAUUACCUAAGCUACGAGUCCUUCAUCUCGAUGGGAACAAGUUAAAUGGUUCGAUCCCAUCGAGUUUUGGUAAUUUAAAUAACAUAAGUGAGCUUAGGCUAAACAAUAACAUGUUGAGUGGUCCUAUUCCAUUUAAAAGAGAAAUGGUUUGGAGAAUGAGAAGGAAAAUGAAGCUUUCAAAUAAUGAAGGGCUUUGUUACAAUAAAGAAAAUGGGCUUGGAGAUGAUUUAGAGACAUUGUUGGAUUCAGGGAUUGGACAUUGUGGGGACUCUAAAACAGAGCCAAUAAAAACAGUACAACACAUUUCAACACUCAACAGAGCAAGUUUUGUAAGAUCAAAUAGCUACAAAUUAUUAUCAUCUCUUGGAUGUUUGCUUUGGUCAGCUUUAGUUUUUGUUGUAGUUUGUUUGUUGUAA